CUAUUCGACGGAGAACAAGGCCGAGAAUGGCGAGCAAAAUGGCGCCGCUGAGGAGGGUGAGGAUGCUUGCCGCAAAGAGCUUGAGGAGAAAAAGAAGGAGAUCAUCGGCCUGAAGGUAAUUGCCACCCACCCUGCUGGGCGGAUAUCAUGAGCCACAAUGGAUAUUUCAACACACGGGAGAGCUUUGAAAUGCCGAGAUCACCUGGUCUAAUAUCUCACAGGACCAAUACCUUCGUUCCAAGGCCGACUUCAUCAACCUCCAGGAGCGCACCAAGCGGGACAUGGACAACUCUCGCAACUUCGCCAUCCAGCGCUUCGCUCAGGACCUUCUCGAGAGUAUCGAUAACUUCGACCGUGCUAUGCUGGCUGUUCCCAAGGAGAAGCUCGAGGCCGCCCCCACCGAGGCCAACAAGGACCUGUUGGACCUUGUUUCGGGCUUGAAGAUGACUCAGAACGUCUUGAUGGGCGCCUUGAAGAAGCACGGCCUCGAGCAAUUCGACCCCAGCGCUCCCGCUGAGGAUGGUUCGGCCCAGAAGUUUGACCCCAACGUCCAUGAGGCUGUUUUCAUGACCAAGGUCGAGGGCAAAGAGGACGGCGAGAUCAUGUUUGUUCAGAGCAAGGGUUUCCGUCUGAAUGGCCGUGUCCUUAGAGCUGCUAAGGUCGGUGUUGUCAAGAACAACUAAACAUCUCCAUGACCCCCCUCGAAUACCACCGCAAUUUUCCAAAUCACUCCUCCCUCCUUCAAUCUGUAUAAUACACC